UACACAAGGGGCUCCAGGCGGCUCCCGUACAGCUUAAAAGCGGAUGUGGAGCAGUCAACCACUUCCGGGAGCAGCCAAGAGCUAUGACCGCCAACGCGGAGCCCAGGCGGCGCCCCGGAGUUGGAGUUGGCGUGGUGGUGUUGAGCUGCGAGCAUCCUCGCUGCGUCCUUCUGGGGAAGAGGAAAGGGUCGUUUGGAGCCGGCAGCUUCCAGCUUCCUGGGGGCCAUUUGGAAUUCGGUGAGACCUGGGAAGAAUGCGCUCAGAGGGAAACCCGGGAAGAGGCCGGGCUACACCUGAAGAACGUGCGCUUUGCAUCUGUGGUGAAUUCUUUUGUUGAGAGGGAGAAUUACCAUUAUGUCACCAUACUAAUGAAAGGAGAGGUGGACGUGGCUCACGGUUCAGAGCCAAAGAACAUGGAGCCUGAGAAAAAUGAAAGUUGGGAGUGGGUUCCUUGGGAAGAGUUCCCUCCAUCGCACCAGCUUUUCUGGGCUCUCCGUUGUUUAAAAGAGCAAGGCUACGACCCAUUUAGAGAGGACCUGAGCCACCUGGACGGGUACAGAGGUGAGCACCUCGAAGAACCCAAGGAGAUUCCUUAAUUUAAAAAACAAAAACAAAAAAAACUUAGUAAAUGAAAGGUUCACUGUUUCAAGACAACUUUGUUUUAUCUACGAAGCCACGUGGUCACCAGUUUACAGUCUCCUAAAGUAACUUGAACUCAUAAGAACAUCUUCCUGAGGCGUGUCGCUGUGAAGAUGGAUAAGGACCUUGUGGCUAACUGUCUGAACUGCUGUAAGUUACCAUUGAUGGCUACAUGAAGACGAGUGUCACAGUAUUUGUCUUACUGUUCUGAUUCAAAUAGAGGUCGGACAGAACUCAUUCAAGUUCAGGAGCAAAUUGCCCACUGCAAGAUUCAGUAUGCUUGUUGAUUUCCUUUUUCCUUUUACUUGAAAGGAAUUUUUAAGUGACCAUGUAACUAGAGAGAUCAUGACAUGUACUUCCCUGGUUUCUAACAGGAAUCUGUGUUAAAUGUGAGACAGCCUAAACUUGGAUCCUACUAUUAAAGGCCAAGUCAUCUGC